CACUAAGGAAGCAAUUACAAAAACCUUUUGUUGCCUUCUCAAGAAAUUCAGAUAAUCUAGGUCUGCGUAACGCAAUUUGCGCAUUAAUCGUAUAAUACGAAUACGUGUGAUCAUCACAGUUCCGCCGGAUGUGCGAAUAAUGCUCUAGUCAAGGUAACCGAGAGAAACGAAAUUGUCGCAUACAGGUGCGCGAUGCAACGAAAUCAGUUCAUCAUCCGGUGCAGACGAUGUUGGUCGCGAACGCGAAACAGACUACGAGAUCUAUCUGCAUUAAUCCAUCACAUCUUGGAAAACGCAAUAAACAUCAGAAAGAGCGUCUAAGAGAGAACGAUAAUAAUCUCUUUAAGAAGUCGAUCAGCCUUACAGAUUCCUUUCAUAAGAAAAGGAAUUUGCAUUUUAUGAGAUUUCGCUUCUCGAAGUCGAGUGGCGACAUCGAGAUCUCCACUUAACGAAAUUUAGCGUAUUUUUAUCUCCGUCAAAAGAGCGACUAUCUCGUUUGCAUUUAUAUCAGGAAAAUGUGCUACUGCCUGUUGCUAUUGGUUUUACUGCCGAUCGUAACUUCGGAGUUGUGCGGGUAUCCCUGGUAUCAGUACGAUACGUGCCAAAAUAAUUCUCUUUCUUGUCCCAGUGAUCAGAAGUGCGCGUUCAUUGAGCAAUGCUCGGCGGUUGUAUCCCUGAUGGAUCAAAACGCACUUUCUGCUCACAGAUUACGACAGGCUGUGUGCGGGUACGAUCGAACACGCAUAAAAAUUUGCUGCAGCAUCGACAGUUAUGCCGAACGGCCGAUAUAUUUAGAUAAAAAUUUGGACACGUAUCCAACGCAAUUACCUUCAAAUUUUCAAUGCGGAAAGAGUAUUGUUCAGAACAAUGUAGACACUUUAGGAUCGUAUCCUUUUAUCGCAAGGAUCGGUUUCAUAAAUACAAUAACGGGUGAGAUCAAAUACUCGUGCAAUGGCGUGAUUGUUAAUGAGCGUUCUGUAUUGACUACAGCUACAUGCGCACUCGCGAAAUCGGACAGAUACAAAUUAUGCUCUGUGCUUAUUGGUGAAUAUAAUACAGAGUCGAAUCCAGAUUGCAAUAAUUUAUUUUGCGGACACAAUACCAGUAGCCACGACAUAUCGUAUGUAGUAAAACAUCCGGGCUACGACGCCGCAAGUUUAUCCAGCAAUAUCGCCUUACUUCGCUUGAAGAAGGCUAUCGAUUUUACAGCCACAGCUCAACCAAUCUGCUUUAUACCGGAAGACAGAUACGUCAGCCUAGGAAGUACAUGCACUGUUGUCGGCUGGGGAAAAUUAUCAGGUCAAAAAGCGCAACCACUGACGCAACAGUCAUUACAACUAGAACUCGUACCUAAGCAGCAGUGCUCGGACUAUUUAAGCCAAGCUCUAUCUGUCGAAUUAUGCGCCAAAGGAAACUGUGAACCUUGCUCAGGUUACAGUGGUAGUCCUCUGUUAUACAAAUAUGCGGACACUUAUUUCUUGGUUGGAAUCCUAUCAUAUGGGUCUAGUUGCGACUCAAGCACCAUUUUUCCAUCUGCAUUUGUAAAUGUUCAGAGAUACACAAGGUGGAUCUUAGAAAAUUCAUAAGGUUGCAAAAAUAUAAAAACGUCUCAAAACGUUUUUU